CGGUGAGAUAAUCAAAACAGAGAAACACCAUAUAAAUUUUGUAGGAAAAGAAUCAUAAAUUGGGAUCAACCGAAAAGAAAUAAGCUUGAAGAGCAGCAUACUUCAGAGGGUAGAGAAACCCUAAAGCCUAGAGCUACGAGGUGAAGUUGUAGAACCCCAUAGUAGUUAGCCUCAGAAUUCAUAUCGUCAUCAUCGACAGCCAUGGAUGCUCUGAGGAAGCAGUUGGACGUUCUGAUGGGAGCCAACCGAAACGGCGACGUGACCGAGGUGGAUCGGAAGUACUUCGACCGCGACGUCUGCCGUCUCUAUCUCGCUGGCCUUUGUCCUCACGACCUAUUUCAACUCACUAAAAUGGAUAUGGGGCCUUGUCCAAAACUGCAUUCUUUGCUUCUGAGGAAAGACUAUCUGGAAGCAAAAUUGAAAGGAGUUGAUAACUAUGACAGAGACUUGGAGGAUUUUAUAGACAGGCUUAUUGUUGAGUGCGAUAGGAAGAUAACAAGAGCUCUCAAACGACUUGCUGAUGAGGAUGCCAAAGCUGCAAUUGCCAUAUCAGUUUCCGAAGUUACUCAAACACAAGAGACCCUGGAGUUAUCCAAGCUAAUAAAAGAGAAGUUAAAAGAAGCUGAUCAAAAUGAUCUUGAAGGGAAAACAGAUAUAAAAAUUCGAGCACUUGAAGUGGUUGAAGAACUCAGGACAAAGAGAGCUGAUAAACAGGCAAGUCUGCUGUUGGACGCAUUUAACAAAGAUCGAGCUUCUUUACCUCAGCCACUUCAAAACCCUCAAGUGAUGGAGUCCAGACCUGCUGCUGCUACAGAUUCUCGCAUCCAAGAGCUAAUAAAUGAAAAACUAAAGAAAGCUGAAGAUCUUGGUGAGCAAGGGAUGGUUGAUGAGGCACAAAAAGCAUUGGAAGAAGCUGAAGCACUAAAGAAGCUUCCAUCACGACAGGAACCCAUCCUUGAUUCCUCAAAGUACACUGCUGCUGAUGUUCGCAUUACAGAUCAAAAGCUGCGCGUGUGUGACAUUUGUGGAGCGUUUUUAAGUGUUUAUGACAGGCUUUGGGCCCAAUUUUAUGAAGAUAAACUUUUGCAGCUAAAUAAUUGAUCGUCGUUUAGCUGAUCACUUUGGGGGAAAGCUCCACUUAGGCUAUAUGCAAAUCCGGGAGAAGUUGGCUGAACUUCAGGUGCUGCUAUAAUGUUUCACUAUCUUCUAUAGGGAUUCUCAGUUUAUAAUGUUUCUCUGAAGAGAAAAACAAGAAAAUAAAAGCUUAUGAAGAAGAGAGGAAAUCUAGAGAACGUCAAAGCAGAGAACCUGUAAGGGAAUCUAGCAAGGACAGAGAUGAUAGACAUGAAAAGGAUCAUGAUCGUAAAAGCAAAGACCGAGGUGACAGGUACAGUGACCGAGACCGUGGAUAUGGCAGGGAGAGGGAUCGUUCCCGUAACUAUGACUCUAGGAGUCACCGCCGGUCACGGUCGCGAUCAAAAGAGCGCUCUCGGGAUUAUGAUCGCCACAGGCGUCAUGAUCGAUACUAGGACAAUGCUACACUGUUUUGUGGGGGUUAUAGACUUGUGGUAGAUGUUGCAGCAGACAAUAUGACGGACUAUUGUUAUUAUUUUUCUAUGCUCUAAAUUCUCUAUAGAAUUGUUCAUUAUUUUUGAGUGUUCCAACUUCCAAGGAGAUAAGUUUUUGCUGUGAAGGUUGUUCCCUGUUUGGUGGCAAGUGGCAAGUGGCAACAUUGUAUUUGCACAAUAAGACAACUAGUACAUCCCUUUGAAGUCAUGGACCCGGUCCGGUUUCGGGACUGGGCCCGGCCGGGUUGGUUCAUGUUUUUUUUUUGUUUUGCUUUUAUAA